GGUAAUUUGCAACAGGCCUCUUCCCAUAUUGUUUUUGCUCUUUUCCCAUGAGUAUUUGGUUACUUGUGAUAUCUUCCUAAAUGAUGUGUGUAGCCAUAUCAAUCUAUAUAUGCCUAUUAGUCUAUCUCUAUCCUAUAUGUGAAGCUUACAUUGUAAGCUUUAGUGUUUCUUAAAUUUGGGAGUUUAUAACUCCAACUCAUUUGUUUAUCUUCUCAUCUUAGUUCUGAGUUCUUCUCUGUAUAUUUUCUACUUUUGGUGUUCUUAUCCUACAUAUUUUAGGAAUGAAUAACUGUGUUGAUCUAGUGGAGAAAAUCACUCCGUGGAGAGAAUCAUGGAAAGUGCAUGUUAAAGUUGUGAAGUUGUGGUACCACAAGAAUCCUGCUUUGGAUCCUUCUCAAAAUCUGUUGCAUAUGGUCUUAAUGGAUGAGAAGUUACACAAGAUCCAGGCCACCAUUAGAGAUCAGCUUAUAUCAAAAUUUGUCGUGUCUCUAAAUGAAAGGGAUGUGUACUUGAUGACCCAUUUUACAGUUGUACCGAACACUGGUUUGAACAGAGUGACAAAACAUCGGUUCAGACUUUUGUUCCAAUACAACACCUCUAUUGUUUCUGUGGUAUCUCCAAGGAUACCUCAUUCCGGUCUGUGUUUUGCAUCAAUAGAUGAAAUUGAUCAAAUGACAAAGGACCAUAAUUUCCUCAUUGACUUUGUUGGGAUCAUUACUGGUGUUCGAAAAGAAAGAGAUGUGGCAUCAUAUGGGAAGCUGGUCAAAGCAGUGGUGCUAGAAGUCUUUACUGAUGGGUAA